UACCAUUACUUCCUACCAACGAAGAUAAAUCAAAAUAUCAAUCACUUUGUUUCAAAGCAGAGUUCAUAAUAAUACAAUAUUGCCUUUCUUUUUCUAUGCUCACAUCCAAUUCCAAAAUUCAAUCACUUUGUUUACAUGCUCCAAAUUGUACAAAUCGCUUCCGUGUUCACUUCAUCAAGUUCAACACCUUCUCUAUUCUCUACUUUCAAAUUCAAAUACAUAGUUUCUCUUGCCCCUCUAGAUAACCUUUCAUUUCCCUUCGAGUAAAAAUCAUAGCUUGUUCUGUGUUCUGGUACACCAAAAAGUCUUUGUAUAAUCGAGGCUUGUGGUAUUUUAAACACAACCUCUCCUCAAUAUACUAAAUCGUCUUUUAACCUAGGACAAAACUGUAAAGGAUUACACAAGACCAAAACAGACAAUACUACUGUGGUGUAACAAAGAUCAGAACAGAAUAAAACAAGAAAACUCUUAUGAUGGAGUCGUUCAGUUUUAACCUUCAAGCAGAGAAAACAAACGCAAUCCUAAAACAUCGAAAGCUUCAAAGGGUAACAACCUUGUUACGACUAGUUGAAGUGUGUGUCGUUUUAGUGUUGAUUUCAAGGCUUUCUUUGAAACUACCAGUUGCAGUAAGAAACUCAAGCGAGUAUUUAAGGGACUUAUCAGUCUUUAUCAAUAGCCAUUAUUUUGUUUUUCUCAUUGGAAACGUUAUAAUCAUCACGCUGUUCGCUCAGAGUUCUGGAAAGAACAUUCCGAGAGAAACAGAACAUGAUGAUUUUUAUGAAAAAUUAGUACAGAAAAGUGUAAAGUAUGAAGAAAAGGAGAGAAUAAUAAAAGAUGAUAGCAGAAAAGAAGGUGAUAGCAUAGAGAAAAAGAAAAUUGAUGAUGUGGAAGAGAAAAUGAAAACUAAAACAGGGGUGAAGAAAGGUUAUUGUUAUAGAAGGUGUGAGACUGAGAUUUUGAAGAAACGGCGCCGUGUGCUGCAAAGGUGUGAGAGUGAGAACAGCGGAAGGAAAAGCAUUGAACCUGCUCCUGUUUCUUCUGCUGAGGAUGAAAUGGUGAGGAUUUCGUAUCCGGAGGAUGAGAUGAGCAACGAGGAAUUUCGUCGUACUGUAGAGGCUUUUAUUGCCAAGAACAGAAGGUUUGAAGGGUAGAAUAAGAUUAAUUACUCAUAUUUGGUUUAGAAAACUAUACCAAUGUAAUUACAUGUGUCUUGAUCAAGUUGAUUAGUGAUUAAUGAUUUUAAGUUGUA